AUGGGGAAGACCACGCAGACCACGAAGACCGCGCGGCGAGUGCAGUCUUCCCGAGAUGGAGACUCCAGGCGCCUUCAGGAAGUUCUGCUUCAACGUCCGGCCACAGGCAAAGCUUGCCCGCACUUUGGCAAGCGUGGCGUGGUGGAGUUCUUUGCAGAGCGAGGAGGCGAUGCGCCUUCGGGGGCUGCACGGCCUGCAACUUGGGCACCUCCACGCUUCAACAAAUACGCGGGCUGGGUGGAGUGGCGCAACGCUAUCUUCCUGUGGGUCAAUGCCAUGGGUGGCUCGUUUGACAAUGCCUUUGCCAAAGGAGGCCAACACAUCUCCUGGUACGUUGGUGGUGCAAACCCCACCGAGCGCUCUCCAAUUGUCCAGCGCUUGCUGUCGUUGAAGCGGGAUACGCAAGUGAUCCUUUUCAUCCGACCUCGUGCAACCGAUCCAUAUAUCAACUGCGGACCAUGCAACUAUGUGGCCCACAACCCACGGAAAAAAGGCUUCGAGUUUACCUGGAGCCUCAAGGAUUUCAAUUCCCUCCAGAAAUCAGAGGCGUUUAAAGAGAUCAUGAUGGCGACCCAGCCUGCAAGUGCAGCACGGGCACGAGUCAGGAAAUGGGCCUGA